AUGAAUGAUAAUCCUUAAAUUUUAUUUUCUCUUGCAGAAUAUUAUAGUUUAGAAUAUUCGGGGACAUGCUUUAAUUCAAAGUUUUGUUCUCUCGUUGACUUUGCACCAACCUUUUGCUUUUUAGCAUAUGCCCGCAACAAAAAUUUAUAUUUAGCUGAUUCAACUUGGAUAAGCCAUAAACUAGGAGUAAACGGAUAGAAAUAAAAAAAGGGUAAGUGUUUUAAAAUAGAUAUAAGCAGCGAUGAGAACAAAAGAGGAUCUGAGGUAAUAAACUUUGUAAAGUUCUCACCAAAUGAAAGGUUAUUGGCAGUUUGUAAUGAUAACUCCAUAAAAAUAUUUGAAGUAAAAACUUUGAUAUCAGAUAAUCAAACAUAUUUCUCAGAGUUCGAAACAGUGACCAACAGCAACAGUAUUUUAUAUAUGGAGUUUUCUAGCUUUUAAGAUACAGCAUUUAGUCCUUCAAAAAAUACAAUGUUAAUUUACAUAGACGAUAAAGGGGCAUUAUGGUUAUGCAUAGUAAUUUUAGAAGCCCAAAAGCUAAUUUAAAAAGAAGGUGUUUUAACAGCCUGCUUUAGUUGUUUAGAAAAUAGUAGCUAACUGUUUUAUAUAGACUGUCACAAUAAUUUUAACACUUUAGAUAUUGACAUUAAUGAAAAUGGAGCAGUGAGUUGGUCCUACUCUUAAAAAUACUCAUUUCGUGGAUUUCUCAAAGAUCAAGAAUACAUAAAAUUCUUAAAAUAGUUGAGUGAAUCUGUUUUUCUUGUUGCAGGAUUAAAUUUUUAGUCAAAUUACAAAUGGGUUAGGAUCAUUAGAUUUUUUAAAUAGAUAGGUGGUGAAAGAGUUAUUGGUGAGUUUUAAAUUUUAUAAAACAGCAGACUCCCAUAAGAUGCUAAUUAGCUUAAAGAAUUUGCUUUUACCAUCACAAGUUCUAGAGAUGGAAUGUUUCACUAUAUCACAGAUAAUUAUUCUUCGUCUGUAGAUUUAAUAUAUGCUAUUGAUUAAUAUAAAUUAGAGUUUAAUUUAGCUAAAAAUCCAUAUGAUACUCAAUAUUAAUUUACACUACCAUGCUCAUAAUCCUUAAGAAAAUAAGAUGCCACAAUAAAAGGUGUAUGCCUCAUAGAGACUAGAAUCGAUGAAGAACCUUAUUAUAAUAAUACUGAAAUAGAACCUUCUUUUAUUGUAUUUACUAAUAUGUAUUCUUUGGGUAGAGUUUUAGCAAAAAAUUAAUUAUUGAAACAAAAUACUUUAUAAAAGAAGCUUUAGUUCAAUGAGGGAGAUGAUUUAUAUAGCAAUGCUGAAGAAGAAAGGAGAAAAGCAAAUGAUAGAGAUAGCUUCGAUAUGACAUAAAAUUAGAGAAAUUUUAGUAAAACACAAGACCAUAAUCGAAAAAUGUUUAACAUUAAAAACAGCCUAAAAGGCAAGCAAAAUACCAAUGAUAGUAAUAAUAAUAAUAGCAUGAAUGCUAUUGUAGAAGAUCAAAUCACAAAUAACUAUUAAGUUGGUUUAUAGAAUAAUAACAAUAAUUAAGAAUUUGUAAUAGGCUAAAAUCAGAUGUAGCCUGGCUAAUAAAUUUCAAAUUUCAGCGGGUUUUCGUCAAAUCAAAAUAUUUAAUAAAAAGAAAGCUAGAAUAUUUCAAAUUAAAUGAGUUAAAACAUAUUUGCUAAUAGAUAAAAUUAAUAACAACCUUAAAGCUAAUAAUAAACUCCUUUAAACAUCUUUUAAAAGAUUUAAUAGAAUGGUUUGCCUGGAAUAAAGAUUAAUUAAGGAUAAGAAAAUUCAGAGAUAGCAAAUAAUAUGGGUAAUUUGCCUUAGCCAAAGAAUUUAAAUAAUAAUUUGAAUAUAUUUUAACAAAACGAGCUAAAGUAAAAAUAUAUGUAAGAGCAGUAAAUGUAACAAACAAGAGUUUAAUAGAAUUAACCAUAAAAUACAGUAUAAGUUAACAUAUUUGGCAACAAAAAUUAAUAAUCAAAUAACUAAUAAGGCUAGAUUAAGAGCAAUUAAAAUACAGAUAAUAUUUUUUAAAAUAAAUCUUUGUAAAGCCAAUAAAAUAAUGGAGGCGUUAAUAUUUUUGGUAAUAAAACUAACAACUAAAGUUAGCAAAAUAUAGUAGAUUAAUAAAAAUUAAAUCAACCUCCAUCAUAAAUAUUUAAUCAAAAUAAUUAAUAGCAGAGUAGUUUAUAACAAUAAAAUUAAUAGUCUCUGCAAAAUAAUUCUUCUAAUAACCAAGAGAAACAACAGUAAAUAAAUGUUACUUCCUUAUUUGCACCUCCUUAAAAGUAAAGCUUACAAAGUUAAUCCUAGAGUGCUAUUAAUUUAUUUGGCAAUAGUUCAAAGUAAAAUCCUUAAAUGCAAAAAUAAACUUAAAAUAGCAGUAAAUCCUCGUUAUUCUAAGAUAUAUAGAAUAACUAGUAAAUCAAAAAUAAUUAGAAAGAAUAGCAAAGUCAAAAUAAUAAUUAUCAAACCUAAUAUUAUGAAGAGUACACAGAAGAAAAUUAAUAAUAGAUACAUUAAACUUAGAUAAAUAUAUUAAAUUAAAAAACAAUAAACAUUGUUAGAUAAAAUCCUCUAAUUCCUAUCAAAGAAGAGACCUAGCUUUCUUAAAGUUAAGAAGCGAAUAGCACAGGAUAAAAAAAUAAAUUAAAUAUAUUCGAAAAUUAAAAUUAAUAGAUAUAGGGAUCAAAUAACAAUUAAAUUGCCUUACCAGAUUUGAAAUUAUAAAAAUAGAUAACAUUCGGCAUAAAUAAUACAAACGAAUAAUAAAUAGAGAACACUAAUAAUCAAUAGCAAUAAGUUAAUACCUAACAAUAAACUUAAAGAAAUUCAACAAACUAAGAUUUAAAAAAUGGUCCUAAGUAAAAUUCUAUACAAUAAUUAGGUAAUCAAUUGCAACUAUAACAGCAAAACCAAUAAGCUUAAUAAUAGUAAAAUCAAUAGAUUUAAUAGUAACAGCAAUAGAAAUAGAUAAGUUUACAAUAAUAAUAAUAAUAACAACAAUAAGGAAAUUCAAAUAAUAUAUUUUAAAAUUAGAAUUAACAAAUUUUAUAAUAAAAUAAUAACAACAACAACAACAACAAAAGUAGCAUUUUUUAAAAUAGUAAUUCAAAUAAUUUAGGCUAAUAAUCAAUUUUUGAAACUUAAACGAAGAUAUCUCUUCUAAAUAACUAAAAUCCUACUAUUUCUCUAUAGAAUAACACAAUUAAGUAGAAAAACUAACUUUAAUAAUAGAUUUUAUCUUAAUAUGACUAAAUUACAAUAUAAAAGUUUAAGAUUGUAAGGUGGUUAGAAAAAAAACUUGAACAUCUCAAAAAUAUUGAUAACACCAAGAUAUUUCCUGUGACUGGCCCUUUGUUGCAAACUGUGAGUGAAAUAAACAAAAACUACUGUUUUAUUGACUCAGAUAUUAAAUUAUUAUUUGAAAGUGGAAUUCAAAAGCUAGAAAUUAUUUUAAUUAACACAGUUCAAAAUUUAAAUUUGCCAAUAAACUAUUUUUAAAAGAUAUUUGAGUAUCCUCAAAGCAUUAGACAUGUAAUAAAGUAAUAGUAGGGAUAGUAUAAGUUGGACUUAAAUUAAAUUAAAUAUUUUAGAAACAAUUACAAUUUUAAAACAGAUAUAUUUGAUAAAAAAAUUUAUUUAAUGAGCUGCUUUCUAAAUAGGCUAGAGCAAAUUCUGGAAACAAGUAGUAAAGGUUUGAAAACAGGAGAUUAUAAUUAGUAAGAAGCACAGAAAUUAGAUUCCUUGCAAAUAAAAAUGUAUUUAAAGCUUCCAUACUAAUACCGAGAGAAGCUUUUUGUUGAGUUUUUGAAAAAUAAAAUUAUUAAUAAAAUUGAAGAGAUAAAAGUUAUUGAUCAAGAUAUCAAGAGAAUAAGUUUUGAUGAAAUCAAUCAAAUUAAGCCUAAUGAAUUACUAAAAUAGAUUGAUUUUUUAUGUCUUAGUGCUAUUAAGAAAGGCUAUAAUUUUGAUGAUGAAGAAACUUUAUUUUAAACAACUGUAAAGAAAAAAAACCAAUAGCAUUUUUCUCUUUUUGAAAAUCAAAGCUCUAUUUACAAAGAUUUUUUAAGCUCUAUAAAAAGUAAUGCAAAAAGUGUUUAAAAAAGGGAAAAUGCAUUUGAUCAUGGAAUUUCGUCUAUAAAAUAAGAAAAAUGUUCAGAAUUGAAGUAGGAAUACGAAGGAGAAACCGAAAUAAAAAAAGAGGACAACACUCCAUAAAAAAAUAUUUAAGGAGAUAAAAAACCGAACUUAGAUUUUAGAAAUCUUAAAUUUGAUGAAGUAUCAGAAGAUGAAGAAAUAGAUUAUUUACAAAAAACCAAACAAAUUAAAGCUUUUACUAAAGAAAAUGAUUUGCCAACGUUAGGAAGAGUAAAUAAAGUAUUAGAUUUUGGAAUAGAAUUAUAGAUUUCAGAAUUUGAAAAGAAUGAAUCAAAGAAAGAAGAAAACUAAGAUAAAAAAAGGUUAAUCGAGAAAAAAGAAUUACUUAGCAUUUCUAAAUUUGGAGUGGAUAGAAUUUAAAAUAAAUAAAGCAUGUAGAUGUUUAACUUUCUCAAGAAGAACUCAAAGAAAACUGUAAUUUAACUAAAAUACAAAACAUAAAAUUUUUAUGAAGACUUCCAAGAGAACGAAUAGGAUAAUUAAGAGGAAGUAAACAGCUAGGAUUCUGGUUAUUUACAGCAAUAAAGUGAGUAAGAAAGAGAUAUAAAUGAAUUCUAUUACUUUAAAUAAAGCUAAAGAUCUGAUUUUUCAUCUAUCCUUGUAAGCUUGGAUGAUGAUCCUUAAAUUAAGAUGAAUAGGUAUCUUAAUUACAAAUUAAAUAGAUAUAAAGAAGCUGAACAAAGAUAUUAAGAAAAAUAUGGUUAGCUUUCUUAGUAAUAGUUGAUUAAAAACUAAUCAAUGAUAGCUUUAUAAUCAAAAAGCAAUUCUUAGUCUAUAUUUUAAAACAAUAACUAAUUACAAUAAAAUAUUUAAGGUUAAAAUAUUCUAAACAAAUCAAAUAGUUAGCCUUAACUUUACAUUUAAAAUUAAUAACAGCAACCAGUAAAUAUCUUUUAGAAGAACUAAAAUAACCAAAUAAAUCAAAAUCAGAAACCUAACUAAUAAAUUUAAUUGUAAAAUUAGUAGCAGUAAAAUAAGCAAAUAUCAACUUAAUUAAUAACUAAUAAUAUGAAUUAAGCAAAUUAAAAUUAAUCAGGACAACCCUCUAUUAAUAUAUUUGCCAAAUAAAAUACACCCAACAAUAACACUCAAGAAAAUACAAAUAGUAACACUUAACAAAUAAAUAUCUUCAAAAGUAAUAAUUAAUCUCUAUAAAGUAACAGUAUUGCUAACAUGAACAAUUAAAAUACAAAUAGCAAUAGUCUAAAUACUUAAAAUUAAUCAAAUAUUUUCUAAAAAGCAGAUAAUUCAAGCAAUAAUUAAAAUACAUUUUAAUAAAAUUAACAGAUGAACUAGUAGAAUAACCAAGUGAUUUAACAAUAAUAGGUAAAUCAACCUUUAAGUAUGAAUAACAAAUAAGUUAACAUAUUUGCUAAGAACAACUAAAAUGUUCUUCAAUAAGGUUAAAGUGGAAAUCAAUAAAAUUAAAGCUAAUAAUAAAGCAAUCAAAAUAUUAACAUAUUCUAAAAAAAUAAUGAAAGUGGAAAUAACAAUAGCAAUAAUAAUAUUUUCCAAAACAAAUAAAAUAACUCUAAUGCAAAUAAUAUAUUUUAAGGCUAAUAAAAUAAUCAAACAAACAAUAUUUUUAUUCAAAAUAAGAAUAAUUAAUAAACCACAAAUAGUGCUUAACAAUAAAAUAACAACCAAUAAGGAUAAGUUGUUAACAUUUUUGGAUAAAAUAGAAAUAACGGAUAACAAAUAAACACUUAAAAUCAAGCAGAUAAUAAUAAUAAUAAUAUUUUUAACAAGUCUUAACAAUAAAAUUAACAAAUAAAUUAAUAAGGUGGUGGUAUUUUCUAAAAUAACUAGAACUUAAAUAGUAGCAUCUUCUAAAAUAGAUAGAGCAAUGUAUCUAUUUAAAAUAAUCAAAACAAUAAUAUUUUUUAGAAUACUUCUAACAAUAAUUAGGGAAACAACUAAAAUAACAAUAAUUUAUAGAAUAAUUAAAAUUCUAACAUGAUGCAAAAUAACUAGAAUAAUAAUAAUAAUAAUAAUAUUUUUUAGAAUAAUCAAAGUAAUUUGUAAAGUAAUUAAAACAACAGUAACAACAAUUUGUUUCAGAAUAAUCAAAACAAUAAUAAUAAUAACUUUUAGAAUAACCAAAAUAACAACAACAUAUUUUAAAAUAAAAACAAUAUCCUUUAGAAUAAUUAAAAUAACAAUAUUUUUUAGAAUAAUUAGAAUAACAACAAUUCUUUGAAUAACCAAAAUAAUAAUUAAAAUUUGGUAUAAAAAAAUAAUAUUUUUGCUCCUAAAAUUAUUAAUAACAACAAUGAAACUUAAAAUAAUAAUAUGGGGGAAUAAAACACUAGAAUGGGUAACAAUAAUUAAGAUCCAAACUAGGCUUAGCAAAUUAUUUAGGAAAUUUAUUAAAACUAACCAUCUAAUAAGCCUCUAACUAACGAUGAAUAUUAUAAAUUAUAUAAAUAAAAAUAUGUUCAAAACUCAUAUAACAACAAUAACUAAUAACAAUAGACUGAUAAUAUGUCUGAAUUCGAAAAAUAGAUAAAUUAGUUCAAAAAUUAGUAAAAUACUGGUGGAUAAUCUUCUUCAUUUUUGCAGUAAACUCCUUUGUAAUAGUCAGUCAAUGCAAGACCUUAAUUAAAUGCAUAGACUAGGGCUUAACUACUGAGGUAAAAAAUGGAUUAAACUAAAAAUUGUAAUAUGAAUUGA